GACCCACGCACUGCACUAUUCUCUCGUCCCGCCGCCGCCGCCACCCGACACAUGCCCCGAAACCCUCCACCCGAGAGCACGUUCACCUCCGAGCCUCCGACGCCGCCGCCCACGCUGCCGCCCCGCUCCUCGCAACUUCGCCGCCGCCGCCUUUAGAUCUUACUACUAGGUCGUCUUUGCCACCGCCGCCGCCGGCCCACACUGCGUCGCCCCGAGCUCUUCCGGCGACCCAGAGCAUAAAUGGCUGACCCUAACACCGCCGCCGCCCACGCUGCCUCCCAGGUCUUACUCGUCCCCCACAGCCACCCCGUUCCUCGCUGCUUCGCCGCCGCCGCCGCCGCCGCCGCUAGAUCUUUGUAGAUCGUCUUUGCCGCUGGCCCGCACUGCGUCGCCCGAGCUCUCCGGGCGACCCAGAGCCUAAAUGGCCGACCCUAAAACGUUGAAGUACAGGUUGCGACCUGUCGAAUUCAAGGGCAAGCAAACUCAUAUUAUAUGUUAUCAUAAUGUUCCUGUGUGGCCUACGACAGUUGCCGUAGUGAAUUACUUUCUCCUCACCGAUCCGUCGUGCUUUAAGUUCGACAAGACAGUCGAUUUUAUCUCCGUUUAUGAUCUGCGGAACAUGGCAGCAUCCCUUGGGGAUAAGGUAGUGACGCACAUCAAACAGGAUCAAACAAAAGACUGGACGAAGGACGAGAGGAAGGUAGCUACGGGUGCCUCGUUGUCCACAUUAUUGCAGCUAGACGGAUCUAGCAUUCAACCGAUUAACAUAUUCACCUCUGGUUUUCUUGAUUCUCCAAUCAUUUCUACCCUUUGUCAUUUGAAUAUACCAAUCCUGCAUGGAUGGAUUCUUCCCCAUGAGGAUAAGUACAAUAAGCUUCGCGGCAAAAUUUCUCAGAAUCCAACACUUGUACUGAAGGGAAUGGAAAUUGCAAGUGAAUUUUUACAGAAUUCUCAGACUGAGUUAACUCAACAAGGCAUUAAACUUCUGAUGAGUAAUAAUGAUGCUAUUGCUGAAGGGAACCUUUGUGCGUUAUAUAAAAAACAUCUUAAUUUGAUGUAUAAGCAUAAAGGAAACUUAUAUGUCCUUGUGACAGAAGGGGACACCCAAGACAUUCCCCCCACCGCAAUUUGGAAAUCUUUAACUAUGGGUUUCGAAGAGCAAGUGUUAUUCACCGACAAUUUUGUCCCUCUUCCCGCCGACGAGCAACCAAAUAAGGCGGGUAGAGAGUGGGUUGUUGAUUGGCAAAAAAGGUUGGCAGAUAGUGAAGCAAAAAAACAGGAUAAGAAAAUGAGAAGGAAGAGACCAAAUUCAGAUAUUGUACCUACUCCUUCGUCAUCUCCAAUCACACAAGAAGUGACUAAUGUACCUACUCCUUCGUCAUCUCCAAUCACACAAGAAGUGACUAAUGUACCGCUGAACUCAACCGAAGACCACGACGACAAAUUGGAGGGGCCACCCAAUCCUGUUAUAGUUGCAUAUGCACCUGCUGCCCCUUUGGAUAGUCUGAAUGGUCAAACAACAUCUUUGGCUGAUGCGAGUAAAGUGCCGGUGCUCUCCAGCGCCGACAAAAAAUUGGAGAGGCCAACCAGUCCUGGUAGAGUUGCAUAUGCACCUGCCUCUUCGGAUAGUCUGAAUGGUCAAACAGCAUCUGUGCCUGAUGCGAGUGAAGUGCCGGUGCUCCUUCCUACAUCAGUCAUAUGGAAGCUUGCUUUUUCAGACUUUCUGGAAAAGUACAUAUACGGAGAAAGUGAUGUAUAUUAUUUCCCAACCUUGUUGAACUUCAUGAAGAGUGUUACACUGUUUAAAUUUGAAGUUCGGAUUUCUGAUAUUGCGAUACAUAAUCUAGUUCUUGCUUUAGCUAUUCAAGGGAACAUUGAAAGCUUCACUGAACUGUUAACCCAACCGGUUAUCGACUUCAUGAUAAAGCAAGAAUUUGAUGCUGAAGAAGUUAUAAAGAAAAGAGUCGAGCUAAUAUUUCAUGAUGAUAUGCCUGCACAAAGAAGAGUUAUAUCCUUCUCUGAUUAUGCCAAGUAUAUGGUCCUUGUAUGGUCAUAUCAAACUUAUAACGGGACGUGGGAAAACGCAACCUCCCUCGAUGGACGACAAGCGGGUUUAGGAUAUCUGGCCUAUAUAUUAAGAAAUCAUGCCCUGAGAAAGUCAUGGGGUGGGAACUUUGUUGACUCUGACAUGAAAGUCAUUGACGGCCAAUUCAUCAUAGAUAAACCAGCUGUUGAAGAAUUCAAUCAAAAUAACAUCUGUGUCGACCUGACUACCUUAAUCAAGAAUUUGCAGAGGCACUAUAGAAGCAAAGUUGCUGGACCUCCAGCAUACUUUGAUGUAUUUCAACAAGAUAUCAUGCAGCUUAUGCCUCAUCAUCAGAAAAAUCCAGAAGAAUACGAGGAGUUCCUUGUAUUUUUGCAAAAUCAUUUUGCAUUCAAGGCGCCGUUGGUUUGCUCAACACUUCUCCGUGAAUUGUUUGUUGUGGUUCAGUCUUUAAGAAGGUACCUUAAUGAGGGUAAGCUGGGGCCCGCGCUUCCUAGACUAUCAGCUAGGUCUAAUCAGAGAAAGUGGGCGAGGCAUGCGCAACAAGGCGUGCCCUUCAGCGGAGUUUAUCACUAUGCGGACACUCUCAAGAAAACUCAGCAGAAUCCGAAGAGGAAGGAGAAUCCCCACGGGAGCACCACCAAGGAGAAUACCGAAGGGAGCACCGCCCAGGAGAAUACUGAAGGGAGCAUGGCCCAGGAGAAACCCCAAGGGAGGACCCCAGAGAAACCCCAAGGGAGCAUCCCCAAGCAGAAACCCCAAGGGAGCAGCACGAAGCAAACCCCAGAGAAACCCCAAGGGAGCAUCCCCAAGCAGAAACCCCAAGGGAGCAGCACGAAGCAAACCCCAGAGAAACCCCAAGGGAGCAGCACGAAGCAAAAACACAAGGGCAAGAUCCUUGAUAGGUUCAUGGACGAAACCUACUGGAAAUGCCUUCAAUAUGGUCGAUAUUUCAUAGAGCACGCUUUUGAUCACACAAAGAAGGAUGGUCAAAAGGUGAAAAAUCUUAUAAUCAUUCAAUUGAUGCUUGAUGGUUGUCUUGGGCCAGCAAUAUCAGAAUUGAUUUGGUACAUGAUGAGGUUUACUUGUGAUGGACCGUUUUCCCCUGUAUGGACACACUUCAAGAAAUCAGAGUAUGAUGAUAGACCUAGGAGUGCCCAAGAUGAGGAAACCAAAAGCAUUUCUAAUCUGGACGAUGAUGCGUUAGCUGACCGAGCGGCCUCUGCCUCUGAGGAUAAGGUCUUGCUGAAGCACCAAGGUGUCUCGCUCUACAGAGCUGACGUUGACAGCUUGAAUGAGCCAGCAUUCAUCACCGAUGCCAUCAUCCGGUUCUGUGUUGCUCUCUACUGCUCCACCCUCAACUGCAAGGAUGUUCGCUUCUUGGGUGCCUCACUUUCCACUGCCAUUUGUAUUUACCCGGACUUCGGCGAGCAGUAUGAUCUCGGUUCGCUCCCACUUGUUCUACUUGUCUCAAACAAUCUUCACCCUGAGCGUGGGUAUGGUGGCAAUCAUUGGUCCCUCCUCAUCCUCGAUAGCGUUACUGAUCCCUUGUGCCCACGCUUAGUGCAUCAUGACAGUAGUGGGAACGCCAACCGCAGCCAUGCCGAGCGAUAUGCCAAGGCAAUUCGCGAGCUGCUUGCUGACAAGUUUGGUGAUGCAAUUCUCUGCGAGGGGCCCACCCCGAAGCAGACCAAUGAGUAUGACUGUGGUGUCUACGUCGCAGCGGUGGCAAAGUCAGUAUUGGACUGGUACAAUCGUCCACAGCGGCAGCAGGGAACAGAUUGGUUCAGAGACAUACAGGAACAAGUAUCUGCCGAAAGUGUUUCCAGACUGAGGGUUAAGAUACGGGACAUAAUCAGGCAACUCAUUCAAGAGAAUGAGAACAAGUCUGGAAUGAGCGGUAAGGAAACUGAAAUCAUGUCUAAUCUAGACGACAGUGCUAAGGAUGUGAAUGAGAACAAGGCUGGAGGGAGCGGUAAGGAAACUGAUAUCAUGUCUAAUCUAGACGACAGUGUGUUAGCUGACCGAGCGGCCUCUGCCCCUGCUGAUGCUAAGGAUGUGAAUGAGAACAAGUCUGGAGUGAGCGGUAAGGGAACUGAAAUCAUGUCUAAUCUAGACGACAGUGUGUUAGCUGACCGAGCGGCCUCUGCCCCUGCUGAUGCUGAGGAUGUGAAUAAGGUCUUGCUGAAUUACCAAGGUGUCUCGCUCUACAGAACUGACGUUGACAGCUUGAUUGGGCGAGAAUUUGUCACAGAUGCCAUUAUUCAGUUUUGUGUUGUUCACUACUCCUCGAUUCUCAACUGCAAGGAUAUUCGCUUCUUGGAUGCCUCAGCGGCCAUUGGUAUCUCUAUUAGACCGUCCUUCGGCGCGGAGUAUGAUCUUGAUUCCUUCCCACUCCUGCUACUUCCUGUCUCGGACAGUGAUGACCCUGAUAAGGGGGAUGGUGGCAAUCAUUGGUCCCUCCUCGUCGUCGACGGUGCGUCUAAUCCUUUCUGCCCGCGCUUCGUUCAUCAUGACAGUAGUGGGAACGCCAACCGCAGCCAUGCCGAGCGAUACGCCAACGGAAUUCGGCAGCUACUUCCUGGCAGGUUUGGUGCUGCAAUUCUCUACGAGGGGCCCACCCCGCAGCAGAACAACGGCUGUGACUGUGGCCUCUACGUCGCGGCGGUGGCAAAGGCCACAUUGGACUGGUACACUCGACCACGGCAGCAGCGGGGAACCGAUUGGUUCACAGACGUACAGGCACAGGUGUCUGUCCAGAGUGUCUCGAGACUGAGGGCUGAUCUGCGGGACCUAAUCAAGCAGCUUAUCCAAGAGAACAAGGCUGGAGAGAGUGGCGAUGAAUAGUGAUGUUCUAGUAAGGGUCUGGGAGUUGUCAGUAGCUAACCCAUAGUAGUUGUUUAGCGGCAAGGAAUACUGAUGUUGACUGGUCAGGGGGAGUUGUCACCAGUAGUAGUAGUUAUGUUAUUUGCUUUUGGAUGAGUCAAACAAGCUAGGAUUCAUAUGGGCUAUGACAUUGCAAUCCUAUUUUUUCCCCUA